ACUUUCUCUACGAGAACAAAAUAAAACAAGCUCUCUGUUUGCCUUCAUCCUCACACAACGAACGAAAGCUAAAAGCUAAAAGCCAUGGCUUCUUCUGCACUAACAGCCAACUGUAUUAGUUGGGCUAAUUCUCAACUUCUUCAUCCUUCUCCUUCUUCUUCUUCUUCUUCUUCAUCUUUUUCAGUAGUUCUGGGUUUUUCAUCAAAGUCUAUCACCUUGAAGAAGAAGAAGGCUGAUAGUAGAGUACACUCUGAUUUACACUCUCCUUCAUUCCACCAUUUCGAAAAAAAAAUUCACCAAAACCAUGAAAACCCUUCCGUAAAACCCACAAAAACCCACCUUCUUCAAUGGAACCUUCUUCAAAGAGCUGCAGCCGUGGCCUUUGACAUGGCUGAAAGCGCGUUGAUUGCACGCGAACGCCAAUACCCACUCCCGAAAACAGCUGACCCACUUGUACAAAUCGGAGGAAACUUCGCUCCGGUACCGGAACAGCCCGUCCGACACUCUCUCCCAGUCACCGGUUCCAUCCCCAAAUGCAUUAACGGCGUUUAUCUUCGUAAUGGUGCCAACCCUUUAUUCGAGCCGGUUGCUGGUCACCACUUCUUCGACGGUGACGGCAUGGUUCACGCCGUUAGCAUUGACAACGGAAACGCAAGCUACGCGUGUCGUUUCACCGAAACACAAAGGUUGGUACAAGAGAAAGAGCUCGGUCGCCCAAUGUUUCCGAAAACCAUAGGCGAAUUGCACGGUCACUGUGGCAUAGCCCGUCUCUUGCUGUUCUACGCAAGAGGACUUUUCGGUCUUGUUGAUCAUAGACAAGGCACUGGAGUGGCUAACGCCGGCUUAGUUUAUUUCAAUAACCGGUUGCUCGCCAUGUCGGAAGACGAUCUUCCUUACCAAGUACGUAUUUCUCCUUCAGGAGAUCUUGAAACCGUUGGAAGAUACAAUUUUGAUGAACAAUUAACUUCAUCUAUGAUAGCUCACCCUAAAGUAGAUCCAGUUUCUAAAGAAUUGUUUGCUUUGAGCUAUGAUGUAGUUCAAAAGCCAUAUCUUAAGUACUUUAGGUUUUCUCCGAAUGGAACGAAGACACCGGACGUUGAAAUUCCUCUUGAAAUGCCAACCAUGAUGCAUGAUUUUGCUAUUACUGAGAAUUUUGUGGUGAUCCCAGAUCAACAAGUCGUGUUCAAGCUUCAAGAAAUGAUAACGGGAGGGUCACCGGUGAUGUAUGACAAGAAGAAGAAGUCAAGGUUUGGGAUUCUAGCGAAAAAUGCAACUGAUGCUAAAGAUAUAAUCUGGAUUGAAUCAGCUGAUACGUUUUGUUUCCAUUUGUGGAACGCUUGGGAGGAACAGGAGUCUGAUGAAGUUGUUGUUAUAGGAUCAUGUAUGACACCGGCUGACUCAAUUUUCAACGAAUGUGACGAGAGUUUCAAGAGCAUGUUAUCCGAAUUUCGACUGAAUUUAAAGACCCGUGAGUCCACACGCCGCCCUAUACUUUGUCAGUCUGAGCAAGUGAACUUAGAGGCUGGGAUGGUGAACCGAAACCGACUCGGGCAAAAAACCCGCUUUGCUUAUCUCGCCAUUGCUGAGCCCUGGCCAAAAGUAUCAGGUUUUGCCAAAGUGGAUCUUUCUACUGGUGAGGUUAAAAAAUACAUUUAUGGUGAUAGAAUAUACGGCGGUGAGCCAUUUUUUCUACCAACAGAUGCUGAUAAUUCUGCAAAUGAAGAUGACGGUUACAUUCUUGCUUUUGUUCACAACGAGAAGACAUGGAAAUCAGAGCUACAGAUUGUGAACGCAAAGAAUUUACACCUUGAAGCUUCAGUUAAAUUGCCUUCAAGAGUACCGUACGGUUUUCAUGGAACGUUUGUGCAGUCAAAGGAUUUGAUGAACCAGGCAUAGAAGAAGAAGAAGAAGAAGAAAGAUGGUUUUUAUUUUUUUUCAGAAAUUAUUCGGAGAUUUUACCAGUGGGAUCGAACAGGUCCCCGGAUUCUCCUGGAAUAAAACCCUGUAAGGUUUAUUAUUAUUAUGAUUAUUAUAGUUUUAAAGGAUCCAGCUUGUUGCUUGAGGCAUUUUAGGUCGAACUCGAGCUCAGCUGUUUUCCCUUUUUUAUUUUUUCAUUUAAACUUCUCUCAUUGAAUGUUGAACUUCUUCUCUUAUAAAUUAUUAUGUGCAUGGCUGAUUUGCCCUCUUA